UAUUAAUAAGGGCGGUAUAGUGGACGUGACAAGGCCAUUGAUAAACUAGCUACAAAAAAAGAAGAUGUCCACCAGUAACAACAGUGCAAUCAACAUCUCUCAAAUUCAUUUGAAAACUGUUCGAGACCAAUGCAUUGCAGUGGAUGUUGUAAAAGAUACGACAUCCAUUCAAGACAUCGUGGAAGAUAGGAAGAACAUACAACUGCAAGAGGAAAAUGACAGUGCAUUUUUCGUCAUUGACAUUGGACGGCUGAUCCACAUGUACGACCAGUGGAUGGACAUGAUACCGAAUGUUGCUCCAUUCUACGCAGUCAAGUGCAACUCAGAUAAAUUGCUGCUUAAAGUACUUGCAGAAAUAGGGACAGGAUUCGACUGUGCAAGCAAGCAAGAGAUAGAGAAAGUGCUUGGUUUCGGAGUCAGUCCAGAAAGGAUCAUCUUUGCCAACCCGUGCAAAAUGAUAUCACAUCUCAAGUACGCUGCCAAGUGCGGAGUAAAGAAAAUGACCUUUGACUGUAAAAAUGAGUUGUACAAAGUACAGCAAUAUUUUAAUGAUGCAGAGCUAAUUGUGAGAAUCAAGCUCGAAGCCAACGACAGCUACCAGCUCGGUUUAAAGUUUGGGUGCAGUGUUACUGAGGCUAUUCAACUGCUUAAGCUGGCCAAACAACUUCAACUCAAUGUCACUGGUGUGAGUUUCCACAUUGGCUCCGACGUUAGUUCUGCUGUGUUCAGAGACAAUAUCAAGCAAAGUCUGAUCGUCUUUCAGGAGGCUUCAACUAUUGGAUAUGAGCUAUCAAUACUUGACAUUGGAGGGGGGUUCCCAGGAAGAACUGGUUGUGAGAAUGUUCUACAGCAACUAUUGGAUGACACAAAAGAAGAGUUGGAAAACUUUGUCUCUAUUUAUCCAAACACAAAAAUAGUAUCAGAGCCAGGUAGAUACUUCGCAACUUCUACCCACACUUUGGCGUUGAUGAUACACUCCAAAAAGACGGAGUCAGAUGAGACACAAACCAUUCACAUUUCAGAUGGUGGAUAUGGUACAUUUGCCAUUUGUCAUUACUUUGGCUGUCCACCACCAAAUUGUCUUAAGAUUAAUGACGUGACAACCAAAGAAAUCCCUUCAGUCAUAUGGGGACCAACAUUAGCACCUGAUAAGGUAAUCUCAACUUCCCUUCCUGAGUUAGAAGUCGGAGAUUGGUUGUAUUUCAAAGAUAUGGGAGCCUAUUGUAGAGAUUUUGGCAGCUACGCAUUCAAUGGAUUCCCUAGACCAGAGUGCUACUACUACAUCUCAAGUGUGUACACAGAGAGAAUGCUUAAACUGACACUGGAGAACUGAUUCAACUGGCUACAGCUCACCUUUAUUGUUAAGACUCUUCAACCUGCUAUCUUGACAUACUUAUUUUAUCAUGUACUGAACUAAACAUGAGUAUACUGUAUAAAUUCUGUUCAAGUUUGUACAAACAUUCAUGACAUAAAGUUGCACUUAAAUUUGUACUAUUGUGCGAGU